AUGGCCGAAGUAGACGUCGCGCCGACGUUCGGCGCUGAGCUGAAGGAUGGCUUCAAGCCGGCCAACGCCUGGGUCGGUCACGGUAUAGCAUGGCUCGACGAAAUACAGCAAUUUUAUCGCGAAAGGAGCGCAAUCGAGAAAGAGUACGCCGCGAAGCUCAAUGGCCUGGCCAAGAAGUACUUCGAGAAGAAGAACAAGAAGUCGGCACCUUUAAGCGUUGGCGACACCCCUGCCAUGACACCUGGCUCUCUCGAGAGUGCCUCUUUGACGACCUGGUCCACGCAACUUACGACCCUUGAAUCGCGAGCCGAUGAGCACGACCGAUACGCAAACAACCUCCUCUCCCAAGUCGCCGAACCUCUCAAGUUCUUGGGCACUCGCUUCGAGGAAUUGCGCAAGCGCCACGCUGAAUAUGCUGGCAAACUUGAGCACGAAAGAGACUCGCAAUACGCCGAUCUGCGGAAGACGAAGACCAAGUACGAUGCCGCUUGUCAAGAGGUGGAAAGCAAGCGCAAGAAGGCAGAGUCGGCCUUUGACAAGGCCAAAGCGCAAAGCUCGUAUCAGCAGCAAAUCCUGGACAUGAACAACGUCAAGAACACUUAUUUGAUCGCGAUUAAUGUUACGAACAAGCAAAAAGAGCGUUACUACCACGAAUACGUUCCCGAGGUCAUGGACAGUCUGCAGGAUCUCGCCGAGUUUCGCACCAUGAAGCUGAACGGCCUAUGGACAGUCGCAUCGCAAUUGGAAGCCGCCAUGCUGCAGAGUAGCAAGGGUUUGAUGGACGGCCUAGGGACGGAGAUCGCCCGAAACCUUCCUCACCUCGACUCUAUGAUGUACAUCCGUCACAACCUUGGUUCCUUCCAGGAGCCGCCUGACAAGGUCUUUGAGCCUAGUCCAGUGUGGCAUGACGAUGAUCACAUGGUUACAGAUGAACCGGCCAAGGUGUACCUGCGCAAUGUACUGAGUAAAUCCAAGGCGCAGCUGGGAGACCUACGUAGAGAAGUGGACAAGAAGAGGCGGGAAGUGGAAAGUAUCAAGCGGGUAAAGCAACGCAUUAGGGAAGGCACCGAGAAGAAGGACGAGGUCUUGAUUGUCACGCAAAUUUUCGCGCUGCAGGAAGAUCUUCAUGCAGUGGACAGGAAGCGAGUGACCGCUGAGGUCGAGACCUCGACCAUUACCUCAGCUGUCGGCGACGUAACGCUUGGCGCGAAGAACCACAACUUCAAGGCACAGACGUUCAAGAUUCCGACGAAUUGCGAUCUCUGUGGAGAGAGAAUAUGGGGCCUGUCAGCAAAGGGAUUCGACUGCAGAGACUGCGGAUACACUUGCCACAACAAGUGUGAGAUGAAAGUGCCGCCGGACUGCCCUGGCGAACAGUCAAAGGAGGAUCGCAAGAAGCUCAAGGCCGAGCGUCAGGAAGCUGCCAACGCACUCCUGAAACCCUCGGCAACCUCGCCUACUGGCACAUCUGGUUCGCCGACCUUAACCCGCUCUAACACGAUGAACUCUCUGAGUUCGGGAUAUGCGCAGAGCGCCCGGCGGUCAAUAGCGGGGGUCCCGACGUCGCCGAUAGAGGAAACUCCUCCGCCAGAGCCAGCAAGCCCGCGGCCGGCGGCUCCCGCAUCAACCGUGAGCUCCAGCACAGCCCGGAAGAGGGUUAUGGCCCCACCACCGGCGGCCUACAUCAGCGAGCUUCCUGGAAGCGCGCCCACCAAUGGUUCAGCCAAUUCGGAGCAGCAGAAGGGCAAGAUGUUGUAUGCAUUCGAAGCUAGUGGCGAUGGAGAAGUUUCUGUGCCAGCCGGUCGCGACGUCACCAUGCUUGAGCCAGAUGACGGUUCCGGUUGGGUCAAGGUUCGCGCAGGCUACAAGGAAGGUAUCGUACCGGCGAGCUACGUCGAGUGGGCACCGGCGUCGCCCAUGGUUGCCCAAAACACGGGGGCUUCUGCAAGACCGCCUUCGACGUACUCCAACUCGGGUUCCUCGAUAGGGACAACAGCUGCCGGUAAGAAGAAGGGACCGGCAGUGGCACCGAGACGCGGAGCCAAGAAACUCAAGUACGUGGAAGCGUUAUACGAGUACACAGCACAGAGCGACCAGGAGCACAGCAUGGCGGAGGGUGAGAGAUUCGUACUUAUCAAGGAGGACCCAGGCGACGGAUGGGCAGAGGUCGAGAAGGGCGGCGUGACAAAGAGCGUGCCCGCGAGCUAUGUCCAGGCGGUCUAG